GCCAGUCGGCCGGGCUGUCUGGUGCGCGGCGCGGAGCGGGAGCCCAGGCCGGACGCGCGGCGGGGCUGGGGGCUGGGAGCGCGGCGCGCACGGCCUCCCCGUGCCAGGUCCGCGUCCGCCACCGGGCGAGACGGUCGCCGCGAUGGCCGAGAUGGGCAGCAAGGGGGUGACGGCGGGGAAGAUCGCCAGCAACGUGCAGAAGAAGCUCACCCGCGCGCAGGAAAAGGUCCUGCAGAAACUGGGGAAGGCAGAUGAGACGAAGGAUGAGCAGUUUGAACAGUGUGUCCAGAAUUUUAACAAGCAGCUGACUGAGGGCACCCGGCUGCAGAAGGACCUCCGGACCUACCUGGCCUCGGUCAAAGCUAUGCACGAGGCCUCCAAGAAGCUGAAUGAGUGUCUGCAGGAAGUAUAUGAGCCCGAAUGGCCUGGCAGGGAUGAGGCAAACAAGAUCGCUGAGAAUAACGACCUGCUGUGGAUGGAUUACCAUCAGAAGCUGGUGGACCAGGCACUACUGACCAUGGAUACUUACCUAGGCCAGUUCCCUGACAUCAAGUCACGCAUUGCCAAGCGAGGGCGUAAGCUGGUGGACUAUGACAGUGCCCGCCAUCACUAUGAGUCUCUCCAAACAGCCAAAAAGAAGGACGAAGCCAAAAUUGCCAAGCCUGUCUCGCUGCUUGAGAAAGCCGCCCCCCAGUGGUGUCAAGGCAAACUGCAGGCUCAUCUCGUAGCUCAAACUAACCUGCUCCGAAAUCAGGCGGAGGAGGAGCUCAUCAAAGCCCAGAAGGUGUUUGAGGAGAUGAACGUGGACCUGCAGGAGGAGCUGCCGUCUCUGUGGAACAGCCGAGUAGGUUUCUAUGUCAACACGUUCCAGAGCAUCGCAGGACUGGAGGAAAACUUCCACAAAGAGAUGAGUAAGCUCAACCAGAACCUCAACGAUGUGCUGGUCAGCCUGGAGAAGCAGCAUGGGAGCAACACCUUCACAGUCAAGGCCCAGCCUAGUGACGAUGCCCCUGCAAAAGGGAACAAGAGCCCUUCACCUCCUCCAGAUGGCUCUCCUGUGGCCAACCCAGAGAUCAGAGUGAAUCAUGAGCCAGAGCCAGCCAGUGGGGCCACACCUGGGGGCACCAUCCCCAAGUCCCCAUCUCAGCUCCGGAAAGGCCCACCUGUUCCUCCGCCUCCCAAACAUACCCCAUCCAAGGAGGUCAAGCAGGAGCAGAUCCUCAGCCUGUUUGAUGACGCAUUUGUCCCCGAGAUCAGCGUGACCACCCCCUCCCAGUUUGAGGCCCCAGGGCCUUUCUCGGAGCAGGCCAGCCUGCUGGACCUCGACUUUGACCCCCUUCCGCCUGUGGCCAGCCCCGUGAAGGCAUCCACACCCUCUGGUCAGUCUAUUCCAUGGGACCUCUGGGAGCCCACAGAGAGUCCGGCUGGCAGCCUGUCUUCCAGGGAGCCCAGCGUUGCUGAGGGCACCUUUGCUGUGGCGUGGCCCAGCCAGACAGCCGAGCCGGGGCCUGCCCAACCAGCAGAUGCCUCUGAGGUGGCGGGUGGGACUCACCCUGCGGCUGGAGCCCAGGAGCCCGGGGAGACGGCAGCGGCAGCAAGUGAAGCAGCCUCUAGCUCUCUUCCGGCUGUGGUGGUGGAGACCUUCCCAGCAACUGUGAAUGGCACUGUAGAGGGCAGCAGCGGGGUUGGGCGCCUGGACAUGCCCCCAGGCUUCAUGUUCAAGGUGCAGGCUCAGCAUGACUACACGGCCACUGACACAGAUGAGCUGCAGCUCAAGGCUGGUGAUGUGGUGCUGGUGAUCCCUUUCCAGAAUCCUGAGGAGCAGGAUGAAGGCUGGCUGAUGGGCGUGAAAGAGAGUGACUGGAACCAGCACAAGGAGCUGGACAAAUGCCGGGGCGUCUUCCCUGAGAACUUCACGGAACGUGUGCAGUGACAGCAGAGCUCUUGCAGCCACCAGGGCAUGUGAAGAGCACCUUUCCUGAAAAAUGUGUGUUUCUUUUUCUUUCCUUUUUCUUUUUUUCUCCUUUACCCCUUUUUUCUGUUUUUUGUUUUUAAACUUUUGAAAUGAAAAGGGAAAUUGAGAGAGGAGAGACCUAGACCAAGAGGUGUUCUCUCAAAGAUUAGGUUGUUUUUCCAAAGAGCCCAGCCCUGGGCUAGUCCGGAGGAACCCGCCAGUGUUCCCUAGUUGAGUUCUGGUGUCCCCGCCCAUACCCGCAUGUGUGCCCGGCCGCGGGGCUGGGGGACCCUAAGCCACCGCUGUGCUUGCCUGAAGCUUUGGCCGUGCCACCUGGGCAAAGGUCCUCUUCUCCUGGCAGCUGCUGUGGACGGGCCGGGUGGCAUCCCCAUUGGGCCCUGCCCCGCAGAACAUUCGUGUGCUGUUUGAAAAUAAACCCUAGUGUUCCAAACAAAACAACACAAAAACAAGCAAAAAC